AUCAUAUUUAAACAAAAAAGAUGAAGGUAAAUAAGGAUUUGGAAUAUUUAUUAGGAUGUGAUUUUAAUAGAGAUAGAGUAUGAUACAGGAUAUUAAUAAAUUACUGUAGGGAAUUUACAGUUAAAAACCCAAGGACCAGAAGUCAGAGAUGCGAUCAAUUAAACAAAAAUGUAAAAAAAAAAAAAAAAAAAAAACUUUGUAACUGAGCAACUUCUCAAGGACAGUCUUUGCAUCUAGCACAAAAAAAAAUAUGUCCAACACACACACAUUUAUCUGUACUUCAAUGUUACCUAACUCUGGGGGAAAUCUUAUCAGUAUAUGGUUUGUUACAUGCACAAUAUGCAGUCCUCAUCUUUAGAUAUACAGAAUAAAGCAGGAUUCUUUAAUGUGUAUUAUGCAGAUAAAAUAAUAUCACAGCUGUCUUGAUCACUCAUCGCUCACAUAGAUGGGAGGUCACCCUGACUUCCUAACAUGACCCCUUGACUGGGAAAAUAAUAGAUCUCAGCAUGUAAAGGAUACUGUCACACAUUUCAUUCUUGCUACAAUGGAAUCUAUAUUAAAUAAUAUAGUAAUCAUCAAACAAUCUAGGAGGUAAAAUACUGAUUAAUCAUCAAACAAUCUAGGAGCUCAAAUACUGAUUAAUAACUUGAUCAAUUAUCACAAAAGAGAUGAUAUAAUAAAUUUUAUUAUGAAGGCCACGGUAGAUUGACAUCCACUCCUUUAAUACAUAUAUACUAGUAGAUUAAGUGAAAGGAUUUAAGCAUAUGUGGAUGCUCUAUUUUAUUCUGGAUUUUAGGAGACCAUGGAUUUAGUCUGGAGGAGAAGGAAAGAGAUGGAUCAUAGAAUAAUUAUUUAAUUAGUAAUAUUUGUGUGGAUACAUGUGUAAGAACAGGAAAAGCAAAAACAAGGAGAAAUCGAUUAUAAAUAAACCAUGACUGCAUAACAGCAAAAGUAGGUGGCGAUAUUAACCACACAGGAGGAUGCAACGCGCCAAAAAAAAGGGAAGAAGAAGAAGAAGAAGCCACGUGGUUUCUAAUAGGUGAUUUAAACGGUCAGUGGGUGUAAAUUACGUAUAUUUUAGGGUUAAAAUGAGUUCUCAAACAGGAAAUGUUUCCCGAUCGCGAGGCCAAAAACACCAGAAUGUAACUGCCUUCAAAAAUGACAAGUAUGGAGCAAGUGCACAAGUUAAGAAAGCCAAAUCAAAGGUUCACGAUGGUCUGUGCCAGCACUGCAAAGAUGUGCUAGAGUGGAAAGUAAAGUACAACAAAUACAAGCCCCUUACACAGCCACGAAAAUGUGUUAAGUGUCUUCAGAAAACAGUGAAGGAUGCCUAUCAUAUCAUAUGCAAGCCAUGUGCACUAAAGCUGGAGCUUUGUGCAAAAUGUGGGAAGAAGGAAGAGAUUGUCAUUCCACUUGACAAGAAGGAAGAAGAGGUAGAGGAUACCAGCCAGCCAAAUAAAGAGAAGAGACAGAAAAAAAGAGACCAGGAGGAGGAGGAUGAUGACGGAGAUUUUGAUGACCUGGGCUUUAGCAAUGAUGACUAUGAUAGUGAUUCUUGACUGUGAUUCUGUAAUCGCGUUUGGUCUCGUACUGAAUCGUGUUCUUUGUCAGUGUCAUACACUUGCUUGGGCAUUUGUUGUGAUAAACAGGAAAGUGUGUCCAAGCGCCAACAAGACACAGUGCAAAGAUGUACUCAUUGAGAGAAGCAGUCAGUCAGCAGAAGUUAAAAGCAGGUCAUAAGUGUAUCUAUUUCUUGUCCCAGUGUUUAGCUCAGUGGUCGUUGUUAGGAAACGCUUGUUUUGUUUACUGUGUGGAGAUGUGCUGAAAUCACGUUUAGUUUCGUACUGUAUCACGUACCUUGUCAGUGGCAUGCGCUUGCCUAGCUUGGGCAAUUGUUGUGAUAAACAGGAAAGUGUGUCCAGCUAAAUUCAAUUUGAGUUUUGUUAGACGAAUAUAAAAAGUUUAGUAUACCUCGGCAGCCCUCGUGUGGAGACCAUCGACUCUACCGUACGUCUCCGCCGAGCAUGGACACCGGCAAGGGACAAGUAUCGCUCUUGAAUCAUUCUCUUUCCUACUAUUUGUUUCCCUUCUGUUUUCAGUUUUUAUAGCCAAUUCUAACUAUGUGUUUCCAGAUCUCUACUAUCACUAUUACCAGUCAUUCAAGACUAAACCUCAUGGCCCUGACAGAGACCUGGAUCAAACCAGAGGACACUGUUACUCUUCCAGCACUCUUCAAUAAUUUCUCUUUUAUCACAAAAUCCCACUGACCUUUUAACCUGUUAAUGUAUAUCGAUCACUCUUCUCUUCAUUCUCUGCUAAUGUCUCCACUGCUAAAAGGACAUACUAUCACAACAAAAUCAACAAUUCACCUAACUCUUGCAUUCUUUUUUAAAACCUUUUCCUCCCUCCUUUGUCCUUCUCCCCCUCCUUCAUCAACUCUAGCAGCUAACCACUUUCCCACAUUCUUCAUUAAUAAAAUUACAAACCUCAGUGAACAAUUUGCCACACAUCAAACUGUCAAACACAUCUUGCCAUCAAACAUAAAUUAUUCAUCGUUCUCUCUCUAAGGUAGAAGUAUCUAAACUCAUCCUUUCCAAUCAUCCUACUACUUGUCUGUUUGAACCUAUUUCAUCUCAUCUCCUUCAAGCCAUUUCUCAUGCCUGAACUCGUGCCUUGUACCUGAACUCACUCAAAUCGUUAACGCAUCCAUUCACACUGGUGUUUUUCCCUCAACACUUAAAAAGGCUUGUAUAACCCCACUUCUUAAGAAAUCUCUUUUAGACAACUACAGAUCUCCCUUCUACAUUUCAUUGCAAAAACACUUGAAUGAGUUGUGUUCAACCAGGUCUCUGCCUUUCUCACAUGGAACAACCUCCUAGACUGCAACCAAUAUGGCUACAGAAGUGGAUAUUUGACCCAGAUUCUCCUGUCAACCCUAUUGGAAAAUGUCAUUUCAGGAACCAGACACCAGUUGUCUGAGUCCUACCUCUCAGAUUGGUCCUUCAAGGUAACUUGGAGAUGUGAGGUGUCCAAGUUCAAACAUUUAGCUACUAGGGUGUCUCAGGGCUCAGUUCUUGACCACUUCUCUUCUCUGUCUACAUGACAUCACUAGGUUCUGUCAUUUAGAAACAUGGCUUUUCAUAUCACUGCUAUGCUGAUGACACUCAACUCUACCUCUCAAUCAAUCCUGAUGAUUUGAAGAUAGUUGCUUGCGUCUCAUCAUGUCUAACAGACAUUACUUGUUUGAUAAUGGACCAUCACCUUCUAUUCAACCUGAUAAAACUGCUUGUCAUCACUUUCACUGCUUGAAAUCACCAUCACUUUAUAAAAAUUUCACCAUCCAGUUAGGCUCAUCAACCAUAACUUCUUCAAAAACAGCUAGAAACCUUGGAGUUGUGAUUGAUGAUAAGCUAAAUUCCUCAGACCACAUUGCUAAAACGGCCCGGUCCUGCAGAUUUACUUUAUACAACAUUAGGAAGAUCAGGCCCUUUCUUUUAGAACAUGCUACACAACUCCUUGUUCAAGCUCUUGUUCUAUCCAGGCUGGACUGUUGAAAUGCUCUCUUGGCAGGUCUUCCAGCCACUUCUAUAAAACCUCUACAAUUAAUCUAAAAUCCAAAAAGUCUGUUCAUCAAUUUGCAUUGGCUACCAGUAGCUGCUUGCGUAAAAUUCUGCUGAAACACAUGUCCAUUAAAUAAACGACCUCCAAGAAAAUGUUGUGUUGUCUAUUUAGAAAAUAAUGAAUUACACUGAAUGUUAAAUCUACACCUGCACUGUUGCGUUUUCUGUCCUGGUGACUGUGAUUUUCAUCUUUUUUAAACAGAUUUUGUUAGAAACGUAGACUUUGCAUUUAAUAAGUGGCUGAAAAAACACAGGGAACCCACUUUAUAUUAACAAAGCAUUAUUAACUACUAUGUAGUAACACUUAAAUUCAAAAUAAUUUGAUGCAGUGCCCUUAUUGUGUGUGUGUGUGUGUGUGUGUAUAUAUAUAUAUAUAUAUAUGUAUGUAUGUAUGUAUGUAUAUAUAUGCUUUAAUUAAUUUCAGUAAUUACAAACCUGUCAUGAUCCGGUUUUAAACUGCCGUUAAUUCACCACACAUACUUUCACCUUGGACUACAUUUCUCAUGAUCCAUUGCACCAACUACAAGUUCACCUGAACAAUCUCACACACACACCGCACAAUCAUCAGACACGCUUUAUAAGCAACUUCUCACACAGGGCAGAGUAUUGCCUGUGUUUAUUAUUCUAGUGAUAGCAUUUUUCAGAACCAGUUCCAAUUUUUCAUAGUUUAGUCAUAGUCUCGCCUUGCCUGUUUUCCUGUGUUUAGAUCCUUAAUUGGCUGGAUUACCCUUUUGUCUUGCUGUUUCAGACUAUGUUUGCCCCCACCUGGAUUAUUGAUGUGUACCUGGAUUAUCUCUCUUUGCCUUACCCUGUUGGAUAUUGUUCACCGUUGAUCUACCCACGCCUGUUUACUAGACUGCUCAUGUCUUGCCCUUAAUAUACGUGUUCGACCCUGCCUGUGUUUGACCAUGUCUAUGAAUAAAGCUUUGCGUAUAGA